AUGGCCAGUGAACUGACCCAGGAGUCGGUUCUGGACUUUUUGCAGGAGAGAGGAGGCAAAGCGACGAACGCGGAGUUGCUGGAGCAUUUUAAAGCCGUGCUGUCCGCGGAGGAGCCGCGGAGGAGGGCUGCUGUCCGGCAGGCUUUCAAAACUUACGUCGACCACGUCGCUUUCGUGAAAACCGAGCGAGGAGUCAAACACGUGCGCGUGAAGAAACGGUUCCGAGGCUCGACGUGCAGCGGAGCAGAGAGUCCGGGGGACGCGGCUCCGGUCCGACAGGUGAGCGGUGAUGACGCAGCUCCACGCGCUCCGACACCUGGCGCAGGUUCCGGAAACGAAAAGGCGAGAGUUCCGCGUUUUGUCGCAGCUGAGAGUCUGGCGGAGCGAACCGAGCAGAACCGAGCGCGGCUGGAGUUCGUUCGUCUCGUGGAGGACGUGGACUCGGCUGGGAUGGGGAACAGAGGGAGCGUCAAGAGACCCAGCAGGUCCGUAAAGGUGCAGCAGGGCGAACCUGCCAUACCAAAAAUCACAGUUGAUGAAGCUUUGCCUCUCCCUGAUGAGGAAGCUGCGUUGGACCUGCCCGGGCCUGAAGGAACUGGACUCGGUCCCAAAAAGAGACCGGUUGAGACGCCUGGCAGCCCGAAGGCGUCCAACGCCGUGGAUGAUGAGUCACGUGUGAGUUUGUCUGAGAGCGAGGGCAACGUCACGCCAACCCACAGCCGCAAACACUUCAUCCAGGUGAUGAUCAACAGCUCCCCGGAGGUGCGGCGCAGCGCAUCCCUGAGGAACUCCGUCCACCGGUCCUCCAGGCGCAACAGCGACUCCUCGUCCCAGGUUUCCACCGUUGUCGAAGACGACGGGAUGACCGUGACCCUCGACCCCGUGGAGCACGAGUGGAUGUUGUGCGCGUCGGAUGGCGAGUGGACCAGCCUGCGCCGCCUCCUCGCCGAGGAGCCUAGCCUCGUUCAGAAGAAGGACUUCGUGACUGGCUUCACCUGCCUCCACUGGGCCGCCAAGCAGGGCAAGCAUGAGCUGAUGGCGCUGAUCCUCCACUUCGCCAAGGAGCACAAGGUUCCCAUCAGCGUGGAUGUCCGGUCCAACAUGGGCUACACGCCGCUGCACGUCGCCGCCAUGCACAACCACAUGGAGGUGGUGAAGCUCCUGGUGGGGGCCUUCAACGCAGACGUGGAGGUCAGGGACUACAGUGGCAGGAAGGCCUGCCAGUACCUCGCCAACAGCGCCAGCGUGGACAUACAGGACAUCGUAGGGGCCUACAAGCACUCCGAGUCCGAGAACACCGACCGUAGGGGCGAAGGCCGUUGGAGGUUCUCCAAGGUUCUCCAGCCUAGCCUGAGGCCCCAGCUGCUCAACGACGACUCCCUGGAGGCGGCGGGCCAGCCCGGGGAGAAACCAAUACGAAGGAGGUCCUCGUUCAACGUGAUAAAGCCCAAAAUGCAGAAGCUUCGCCUGAGGGCGUCGCAGAUCGUCCACAGCGCGUCUUUCAACGACGGCGAUAACGUGGACGUCUUCAGGAGGGGGUCCUUCAAGUCCAGACCGCACACGCAUUUCUUCGGCUGAGUUCUUCCAGAACACGG